AUGGCCGCCAUUGCUUCCAAUGCCGCCGUCGCGGCCACGUCAGCAUGCACCACCGCAGCGCGCGCUGACACUCGGCAGGCCGCCUCCGCGCCGGCCGCUGCCGCUGCUUUCAGACACACAUCGACGUGGAAGCAGGGGGGUGCGAUGCAGCAGCUGCGAAGCAAAUGCCACGUGGCGCCAGCGACGAGGCGAGCGACGUUCAGAGUGUUCGCCGCAGAAGGGAACCCCGCCGUGUCGGAGGACGUGUCGUUCUCGUGGAGCGGGCCGGGCUCGGAGGUGCUUCUAACGGGCGACUUUCUCAACUGGGAGGUCAAGAUUCCGCUCGUUAAGCUGCCCAACGGCACCUUCUCCGCGCGCCAGAAGCUGCCGCCCGGGCGGUACGCAUACAAGUUCAUAGUGGACGGCGUGUGGCAGCACUCGCCCGCUGAUGCCACCAUCUCCGACGGCGCUGGCGGCUUUAACAACACACUCGUGAUUGAAGAUCCCAACAAGAACAAGGCCGAGCCUGCACCAGAGGCAGCCCCCGCUGCCCCUGCUGCCGCUGCCCCGGCUGCUGCUGCCCCGGCGCCCAAGGCAGAGGGGGCACCAGCGGGGAAGAAGGUUGUUGGGAAGGCAGUGGGGAAGGCGGUGGGCAAGAAGGUGGUGGCGAAGGCCAUCGGGCUGGCGAUGAGUGAGGACGUGAUCCCGGCGCUGCUGGCUGGGCUGGGCAAGGAGGAGGGCGUGCGGAACGUGGAGAUCAACUUCACCGACAAUGUGCUGUGUGGAAGCUUCAUCAAGAAUGACAUCCCCAUCAACUUCUGGGCCUACUUCCCUGACGGCGCUCUUGAUGGCUCGCGUGGCUUCUCCCUCACGUCGUACGGCAACCCCCCCAGCACAGUGGAGCCCUUCAUUAUUGACGAGCGCAAAGUCACCCCCGAGCUGCUCGUCUUCUGGAUCACCAAGCGCCUCUUCGCCCAGAAGCUGCUUGCACUUAACUAG